AUGAAUUCCAUCACUGGAGAUCGAGUUUUCGGAGAAAGACGCUGCUGGAUGUACUCCAUAGAAUGGCAAAAGAGAAGACUUCCGCACGCACAUAUCCUGAUCUGGUUGGUGAACAAGAUUACACCAGACCAAAUCGAUGGUAUCAUCUCCGCGGAAAUGACUAAUCCAUAUAUUGAUCCCGGACUCCACGAGAUCGUCAUGCAGAACAUGUUUCAUGGGCCUUGCGGCGAUUUGAAUCCGAGAUGUGUAUGCAUGGUGAACGGCAAAUGCUCGAAACGAUAUCCGAAACGCCUGAUCCCGUCCACCAUCACAGGAAACGAUGGUUAUCCUCAAUAUCGUAGGAGGUCUGUGGAAGAUGGUGUAACCAUCUUGGAUAACACUUGGAUCGUUCCCUAUUCACCUCUGCUCUCGAAAACGUUCAAAGCUCACAUCAAUGUUGAGUACUGCAACUCUGUCAAGUCCAUCAAAUACAUCUGCAAGUAUGUAAACAAGGGCAGUGACAUGGCAGUUGUUGAAGUGACAAACACUUCAGCACCAGUGGAUGAAGUUGAAAGAUAUUGCCUGGGACGUUACAUAAAUAGCAAUGAAGCUAUAUGGCGUAUUCUCUCAUUUCCCAUCCACGAACGAGAGCCCGCGGUUGUGCACUUGGCGGUUCACCUCGAGAAUGGGCAACGCGUGUAUUUCACGACGAGUAACGUGCGGGAAAGAGCAGCUGUACCACCUGCCUCUACAUUGACUGCCUUUUUCGAUUUGUGCAGAAAUCAGGAUGAUGCCUUCCCGAGAUCACUCCUCUAUUCCGAGGUGCCAAAAUACUACACAUGGCAAGUUCAAGGCAAAAGUUCAAGGCUCGCGAACGGGGAACUCCUGUGA